AAAUUUUUCAGUCAUCAACGUUUAACACAAAUAUGAGGUUCGUUACUCAUUCGUAUUUUAUAAUAUAUGCUGUUGCGUUCUCCGCGGCCGAGCAUCAAUAUCAGAUGCCUAUUAUGAAAUUUAAUGACAUUGAAGUCGAUCCAUGGAACCUGGAAAUUCCCGAAAACCCCUGGUGGAAAGGCACAAUGUCCAAAUCAUCGACACAUCCGGAUACUUGGAUAUUUGAUGAAAUUGAAUAUCUGAAAGACAUACCGAUAAAUAGUUCAAUAAGGCUUGAUUACACAGUACAAUACUCAGAACCGGGCUUUUUUUCGAAGAACUGGGUUAAUCUGUUCCAUGAUUCAGUACUUCUGUGUGAUAAGACGGAAGAGACACAAGAUGCAAGCAUAAUAGCCUUAGUGAGAGAGCUCCUUGGUAUUCCUGAAGGAUGUCCGCUAUUUGCGGGUGAGAAGAGAAAUACUACCGGCAUUCACUUUCCUUUGAAGAAUAGGGAAUUAUUUUUCAAUAGGGACGUGAGAGAUAAACACAUCAGAAUAUUGACUACUAUGCGAGUGAACGCUGAGCAGUCGGAACAUAAGUUAUUUAUGGGAGAAUUCUAUGUGAUCUAUCCCGCUACUUUAUUGAUAUACAGCCAUCGAUUGCCUGUCGAAAUUUCCAACCAGUGAAAAUACAGUCAAUCAUGCUGAUUAAUUAAUUAAUUCCACUCAUGGCUAUCACCUCAGCUCCUUUGUCUUUAAUGCACAUUUUGGUAUAAUAAAUUAAUAUCACAGA